AUGAAAUUGAUCAUUGUUGGAUCCAGCGGCUUCGUUGGUAAAGCACUUGUCCGCCAGGCAAUCAGCUCCCCUGCCAUAACGUCUGUUGUGGGACUUGGCCGCCGCGAGACCCCCGUCCCAGAGGAUCUUAGUAACCCUGCUGAUGCGGCAAAGCUCACAUCCGUUGUGUGCGAUGAUUUUUUGAAUUACUCAGACGAAGCCAAGCAGAAGCUAUCCAAUGCUGAUGCCUGCAUUUGGCUUAUGGCUGUAACUCCGAAUAAGUCUGGGGCUAUGCCUUGGGAUGAAGUCCGAAAGAUCUGCUUGGAGUAUACCAUUGCUGGCCUCGAAACUCUUUCCAAGCUCCCGCGAGGCAAUGAAGCAAAGCCUCUGCGAUUUUUGUAUGUGAGCGGUGCUAACACUGAGCGUGACCAAACUAAGAAACCAUGGGUGAUGGGCGAUUAUUGCCUGAUGAGAGGAGGAGUAGAGACCCGCGUUCUCGACUUUGCCAAAAAUUCCAAUGGCACUAUUGAGACCUGCAUACUCAAACCAGGCCUCAUUCGAGACUCUCAGCAAGGAAACAUGUUCAUCAAUGCUUUUCAAAACAUCGCUACCACUUUUAUAAGCCUUCCAAUCAUUUACUUGGAUGAAGUUGUGGCGGCCUUACUUAACCAGGCGACAAAAGGAUUCGAGAAGGAAACGCUGGAGAAUGCCGACAUUGCAAGGAUUGGAAAGGAGGAGCUGGUAGAGCGGGAGGAAGCGCUUGAAUAA